ACCUCCCCGUUUGCUUCCAAUGAAGAUUUUCCUGACGACAGGCCAACAAUUUCUGCCGCUAUGAGAAUGAUUUGUGGUGCGUAAUUGGUAAAAAAAAUUGAAUUUCUUCGAACUACAGGACUUUGGGUUCCCAUACCCGAGGAUAUUCUCGCCAAUGCACUUCCCCUUUCAUUUCAUCCAUAAAUAGUGCUGCAUUUUGGUCUGUUAAGCUCCAUUACGGGGAAACACAAUCCAAAACCUUCUCUGCUUACUUCUCAUAGGCUGUUUCUCAUUUCUGUAGCUGGAAAAGUUGUUCGAAAUGGCCGGAAAGAGCAAGGUUUUGAUCAUUGGGGGCACUGGGUACAUCGGGAAGUUCAUUGUUGAAGCCAGUGCGAAAGAGGGUCAUCCCACUUUUGCCCUAGUAAGAGAGAGUGCGUUCUCUGAUCCUGUGAAGGGGAAACUUAUUGACAACUUCAAAUCCUUAGGGGUCCAACUGUUGUACGGGGAUCUUUACGAUCACGAGAGUUUGGUUAAGGCAAUAAAGCAAGUCGAUGUGGUGAUAUCAGCCGUAGGUCACAUGCAGAUAGCAGAUCAAGUUAAGAUCAUUGCUGCCAUCAAAGAAGCUGGGAAUGUGAAGAGAUUUUUCCCUUCGGAAUUUGGGAAUGACGUGGACAGGGUUCAUGCCGUUGAGCCAGCAACAUCAGCAUUUGCAAUGAAGGCUCAUAUCCGCCGUGCUAUCGAGGCUGAAGGAAUCCCUUACACUUACGUGCCGGCUAACUGCUUUGCAGGCUAUUUUCUUCCUAGUUUGUGUCAGGCAGGAGCCACUGCUCCCCCUAGAGACAAGGUCGUUAUCCUAGGGGAUGGAAAUCCUAAAGCUGUUUUCAACCAUGAAGGUGACAUCGGCACCUUCACCAUCAAAGCUGUUGAUGACCCCAGAACAUUGAACAAGGUCCUCUUCAUUAGGCCUCCUAAAAACACCUACUCACUUAACGAGCUUGUUGCCCUGUGGGAGAAAUUGAUUGGCAAAACCCUUGAGAAAACUUAUGUUCCGGAGGACCAACUCCUCAAACAGAUCCAAGAGGCCCCAAUUCCAAUCAAUGUGGUGUUGUCAAUCAAUCACUCAAUCUUUUUGAAAGGCGAUCACACCAACUUUGAGAUCGAACCAUCGUUUGGAUUCGAGGCUUCUGAGCUGUACCCUGAUGUGAAAUAUACCACUGUGGAAGAAUACCUUAGUCGUUUUGUUUGAGAAAAGAACCUUGAACCGUGGCUCUUCUUCUUAAUUAAACUAAAAAUAAUCUGUUCGCCAACGAGAUUUAUGGAGAGUACUAGAGGAGAGUGUGUGUAUGUUUGUUCAUAAGCUUGUUACUACUAUCAUCCCACAGAUUGUGAACCAUGCUGCUCUUCUAAAUUUUCUAUAAAACUAAAAGCCGCUCUUGUAUUUACUUCCUUAUAUAAUUUCCACCAUAAGCAUUGAGUCCCAGGACUGUAAAAUUGCCUGAGUA